AUGGAUUUCAUCAAGACCAGUUCCCUGCGUGCUCUGAUUGAGUUAACUUUCCAACGCAACUGGAAUGGCUUCAUUUGGAUGAGUAGAAAAGGAGUUAUAGCCAAAAGAGUGAAGGCUGCUCCAGACGGCUAUAUCGAGAAUCAGCGCCCGAACGCGCAGUCCGGCUGGCCGAGGAACGAUGUUCCGCGCUCGGCCAAAACUGUGUCCGUCCGACUGAAGUCUCGGCCAAAGUUCAAACCGUUCGGCCGAUCACGCAACACGACCCGGGAAACAUUGUCCCGCGGUCGGCCAAGCCAAACGUUUCACGCCACGCCGCGCACGACCAUGCCGCGCGAGCCGGGAAACAAGCCUCGCGGCCGCGCAACCUUCGCGUACCACGGCCGAUGCAUCCGUCCGAGCCGGGAAGAACGUCCCACGUCCGGCCGAGAAACCAUCGGCCAAAUCUCAUCCGCCCCAAGCCGGCCGACCAUGAAACAUCCGGCCACGACCGUUCCGACUCGGCCCAAGACCCGACUGUCCGGCCGAUCGUCCCGACCGACCGUCCGAACGCCGCGUGUGCAAUCUGGUCCUUGUGUUCGAUACCCGUUUACUACUUCUGACCUGUGCACUUGCAGAAUCAGGGAUAGGAAAGGGGAAGACCUGAUCCCGCGAUCACUAACCAAGGUAACCCACUUAUUACCUGUUAGAGGUACAGAUAAGGUGGAGAUCUUAGCCGACCUAUAUAUCAAGAAAAUAGUGAGACUACAUGGAGUACCAACGGACAUUGUAUCCGAUCGAGACCCAAGGUUCACUGCAAGAUUCUGGCAAGCUUUGCAAGGAGCCUUAGGGACAGAACUUUACAUGUGUACAGCGUUUCAUCCCGAAACUGAUGGUCAGACGGAACGAACAAUCCGGACGCUGGAGGAUAUGCUCAGGCUAUGCAUACUGGAUUGGGCUGGUAUGUGGGAAGAUCAUCUACCCUUGAUUGAGUUUUCCUACAACAAUAGUUAUCAUUCCAGCAUAGGUAUGUCACCGUAUGAGGCACUCUACGGAAGACCAUGUCGCACUCCUUUGUGCUGGACUGAGAUUGGAGAAAAGAGAGUUUGGAUUUCCAAUGAUUGA